GCAAAAUGUAUGGGCAAAUCUCGUAACAAGGCAAUUUUAAAAAAACACUAGUCAACAGUGACCGUCCUGGAUUUAAAUUUAGCCAAAAUAUUGAAGCUGGCGUCUCAUUUUUGAAGACUGUUUGGGGGAAAAGAAAAGGAAAGAAAAGAAAGAGAAGGAAGGAAAAAAAAAAAAAGGAGGACACAGACAGGUCCUCAAAGCACGGUGCAGAGAGGAGAGAGAGGUAGAGGUUGGUCUGUAGGACCCACCCUUUGUCCCCACACCUUGCUAUCCUCAGCUGACCACACAAACGCCAAAUAGCUUUGAUUCAGAGAAGUGAGAGAGAGGAAUUUAAAAAAAAAAAAAACUGAAACUCAAAAAAUUCAAUCUUUUUUUGAAACUUCAAAAAACCUAUAUUUUUUUUUUCAAAAGCAGACUGUCCAGAGUUUGGAAGGAGGAAGAAACAAGAAAUAAAAGGAAAGCCCAGAGUUUAGAGAGAGGGGGAUAUUUUGAAUAUACAAGGUCUUUCAAGCUUUGGGUUUGAAGAGGGAAGAGAACAAAAACAGAGGAUUUCUGGGUUUUGUUCAGAAGUUUGAAAGUUUAUUUGGGGGGGGGGGGUUUGGUUUUCUAAGAGAGUUCGUACUUGGAUGAGUUGAAAGAUCAGGUCUUUUAUUUGCUGUUUUCAAUGGCUGGCCCAGAUAACAUAAUUAUAGGUUCUCAUGUAUGGGUUGAAGAUCCUGGCUUAGCAUGGAUUGAUGGAGAAGUUAUUCGUAUCAAUGGAAAUGAGAUUCAUGUUAACACCGCACAUGGAAAAACUGUUGUCACAAAUAUAUCAAAAGCUUUUCCAAAGGAUACAGAAGCACCACCUGGUGGAGUAGAUGACAUGACUAAGCUUUCAUAUUUGCACGAACCUGGAGUUUUGCAAAACUUGGCUACAAGAUAUGAACUUAAUGAGAUCUAUACGUACACCGGCAAUAUCCUGAUUGCGGUAAAUCCAUUUCAAAGAUUACCUCAUCUCUAUGAUACUCAUAUGAUGGAACAAUAUAAAGGAGCUACUUUUGGAGAACUAAGUCCCCAUGUUUUUGCAGUUGGUGAUGCUGCAUAUAGGGCAAUGAUUAAUGAAGGUAAAAGCAAUUCUAUUCUGGUUAGUGGAGAAAGUGGUGCUGGUAAAACUGAGACCACAAAAAUGCUCAUGAGAUAUCUUGCAUUCUUGGGUGGGCGAUCUGGAGUAGAAGGGCGCACAGUUGAACAGCAAGUUUUGGAGUCCAAUCCAGUUCUUGAAGCAUUUGGCAAUGCUAAGACGGUUAGGAACAACAAUUCAAGUCGUUUUGGUAAAUUUGUUGAAAUCCAAUUUGACAAGAAUGGAAGGAUAUCUGGGGCAGCAAUCAGAACCUAUUUGCUUGAAAGAUCUCGUGUUUGCCAAAUUUCUGAUCCUGAGAGGAACUACCACUGCUUUUACCUUCUGUGUGCUGCACCACCUGAGGAUAUUGAAAGAUAUAAGUUGGGCAGCCCAAAAACUUUCCGUUAUCUAAAUCAAUCAAGUUGCUAUGAGUUGGAUGGUGUAAAUGAUGCUCACGAGUAUCUUGCAACCAGAAGGGCUAUGGAUAUUGUUGGAAUCAAUGACGAAGAACAGGAGUCAAUUUUUAGAGUAGUUGCUGCAAUUCUUCACCUUGGGAACAUUAAUUUUGCCAAGGGAAAGGAAAUAGAUUCCUCAGUUGUCAAGGAUGAAAAGUCUAGAUUCCACCUUAAUAUGACCGCCGAACUUCUUCGGUGUGAUGCCCAGAGCUUGGAAGAUGCCCUCAUCAAACGUGUCAUGGUAACUCCAGAAGAAAUUAUCACAAGAAGCCUUGACCCUGAGAAUGCAGUUGCCAGCAGGGAUGCUUUGGCCAAAACAGUAUAUUCUCGGUUAUUUGACUGGCUUGUGGAUAAAAUUAACGUUUCGAUUGGACAGGAUCCAAACUCAAAGUCAAUAAUUGGAGUUCUUGAUAUUUAUGGUUUUGAAAGUUUUAAGUGUAAUAGCUUUGAACAGUUUUGCAUCAACUUCACGAAUGAAAAGCUGCAGCAACAUUUCAAUCAGCAUGUAUUCAAGAUGGAGCAGGAAGAAUAUACAAAAGAAGAAAUUAAUUGGAGCUACAUCGAGUUUGUUGACAAUCAAGAUGUCUUGGACCUAAUUGAAAAGAAGCCUGGAGGAAUAAUUGCGCUUUUAGAUGAAGCCUGCAUGUUCCCCAAGUCUACCCAUGAGACUUUUGCACAGAAGUUGUACCAGACUUUCAAAAAUAAUAAGCGUUUUAUCAAACCAAAGCUUUCCCGUACUGAUUUUACCAUCUCACACUAUGCAGGGGAGGUAACCUAUCAAGCAAAUCAGUUUCUGGACAAAAACAAAGAUUAUGUUGUGGCUGAGCAUCAAGCUCUGUUGACUGCAUCAGAGUGUUCUUUUGUGAGAAGCCUUUUUCCUCCACUUCCAGAAGAAUCAUCAAAGUCAUCAAAAUUUUCUUCCAUUGGAUCGCGCUUCAAGCUACAACUUCAAUCUCUGAUGGAGACCUUGAGUGCUACAGAACCCCACUACAUUAGAUGUGUGAAACCAAAUAAUGUCCUGAAGCCUGCUAUUUUUGAGAAUUUCAAUGUCAUUCAACAACUACGCUGUGGUGGUGUUCUUGAAGCAAUUAGGAUCAGCUGUGCUGGAUAUCCUACCAGACGUACAUUUUACGAUUUUCUCAAUCGUUUUGGUCUACUUGCUCCGGAUGUUUUGGAAGGAAAUUACGAUGAUAAGGUUGCAUGUCAACUGAUACUUGAUAAGAAGGGACUGAAAGGAUAUCAGGUGGGGAAGACAAAGAUUUUCCUUAGAGCAGGUCAGAUGGCAGAGUUGGAUGCUAGGAGAGCAGAGGUGCUUGGAAAUGCAGCCAGGACCAUUCAGCGACAGAUUCGUACAUAUAUUGCUCGCAAGGAAUUCAUCUCAUUACGUGGGGCUGCUAUCAGUCUGCAGUCUUAUUUGAGAGGUAAUAUGGCACGCAAAAUAUAUGAUGAACUGAGGAGAGAAGCUGGAGCUUUGAAUAUUCAGAAGAAUUUGCGCCGACACAUUGACAGAAAAUCCUAUUUGACAAUGAGGAAAUCUGCUAUUUUAUUGCAGACGGGAUUAAGGUCGAUGACUGCUCGCAAUGAGUUUAGGUUCAGGAAGCAGACUAAAGCUGCCAUUACCAUACAGGCUCACUGGCGUUGCUACCAAGCUUAUUCUUAUUAUAAGAGUCUUCAGAAGGCUGUAUUAGUUUCACAGUGUGGCUGGAGGUGCAGAGUUGCUAGAAGAGAGCUCAAAAAGCUCAAAAUGGCUGCAAGAGAAACUGGAGCUUUGAAGGCGGCAAAGGACAAGCUAGAGAAGCGGGUGGAGGAACUUACAUGGCGUCUACAACUUGAAAAGCGAUUGAGGACUGAUCAUGAGGAGGCAAAAGCUCAAGAAAUUGCAAAAUUGCAAGAUGCACUGCAUGAAAUGCAAUCAGAAGUGGAAGAAGCUAAAUCUAUGGUUAUCAAGGAAAGAGAGGCAGCACGAAAAGCCAUUGAGGAAGCACCUCCUGUUGUCAAAGAAACUCCUGUUAUUGUUCAAGAUACAGAAAAGAUAAAUUCGUUGACAUCUGAAGUUGAGAAGUUGAAGGCUUUGCUACUGGCUGAAAAGCAAACAGCUAAGGAGGCAAAGCAAGCUCAUGCCACUGAGCAGGCCAAAAAUGUGGAUCUGACUAAGAAGCUUGAAGAUGCUGGGAAGACAGUAGAUCAGCUUCAAGAUUCAGUGCAGAGGCUAGAAGAGAAGCUCUCUAAUUUAGAAUCAGAGAAUCAGGUACUCCGUCAACAAGCACUCUCCAUGUCACCAACAGGCAGAGCUUUGGCAGUGAGACCCAAGACGACAAUUUUUCAGAGAACUCCUGAGAAUGGUAAUGUUGUGAAUGAAGAAAUAAAGAAAGCGCUACCAAAUCCACAGUUAACUGAGACUGAGGAGAAGCCCCAAAAGUCUCUUAAUGAAAAGCAACAGGAGAAUCAGGAACUUCUAAUAAAGUGUAUUUCUCAAGAUUUAGGAUUCUCCGGGGGCAAGCCAGUUGCUGCUUGCCUAAUAUAUAAAUGCCUGCUCCAUUGGAGAUCAUUUGAAGUUGAAAGAACAAGUAUUUUUGAUCGGAUAAUUCAAACCAUAGGGGCAUCAAUAGAGGUGGCAGAUAACAAUGACUUGUUAUCCUAUUGGUUAUCAAAUUCAUCCACUCUACUAUUGCUGCUGCAACGCACGCUCAAAGCAAGUGGUGCAGCAAGCCUAACUCCUCAAAGGCGAAGAUCAACUUCAGCUUCUCUAUUUGGAAGGAUGUCUCAAGGACUUCGAGGUUCUCCACAAACUGCUGGUUUCUCAUUUCUUAAUGGCCGGCUGCUUGGUGGUCUUGAUGACCUACGACAAGUUGAAGCAAAAUAUCCAGCUUUGCUUUUCAAACAGCAACUGACAGCCUUCCUUGAGAAGAUAUAUGGAAUGAUAAGGGACAAUUUGAAAAAGGAGAUAUCUCCAGUGCUUGCAUCAUGUAUUCAGGCACCCAGAACUUCCCGGGCUAGCCUAGGGAAGGGACGUUCUCAAGCUAAUGCUGUGGCUCAACAAGCUCUUAUUGCGCACUGGCAAAGCAUAGUGAAAACUUUAAACAAUUACUUGAAGACAAUGAGGGCCAAUUAUGUUCCUUCAUUCUUAAUUUGCAAAGUCUUCACUCAGACAUUUUCAUUCAUUAAUGUUCAAUUGUUUAAUAGCCUUCUUUUGCGGCGUGAAUGUUGCUCAUUCAGCAAUGGGGAGUACGUUAAAGCUGGGCUAGCUGAGCUGGAACAAUGGUGCCAUGAUGCAACUGAGGAGUUUGCAGGCUCAGCUUGGGAUGAGCUGAAGCAUAUUAGACAAGCAGUUGGCUUCCUGGUCAUACACCAGAAGCCCAAAAAGACCUUGAAAGAGAUAACCAAUGAUCUUUGCCCUGUGCUUAGCAUACAGCAGCUGUACAGGAUAAGUACAAUGUACUGGGAUGACAAAUAUGGUACACACAGUGUUUCUUCAGAUGUAAUUGCGAGUAUGAGAGUUAAGAUGACUGAGGACUCCAACAAUGCUGUCAGCAGUUCAUUUUUACUGGAUGAUGAUUCAAGCAUUCCAUUCUCUAUGGAUGAUAUCUCCAAGUCAAUGCAACAAAUAGAGGUGGCUGAAAUCGAUCCGCCACCUCUGAUUCGUGGACACUCUGGUUUCUCAUUCUUGUUACAGCAUACGGAAUGAGUGAAGCCAUCCCUUUGUCCCCCCCUUCACUCUGUUGCCAUAUUUGCACAAUGCAGAAUUUAUGUGCUGCCAAAAUAUGUGCAUACUCUGUAAUUAUAAUAGACUUUUCUUUUCAUAUAGUAGAUUGGGUGUUUGUGCUGUAGGGUCAGGCUUAAUAGUUGGGGUUCUUAGGGGUUUCUUUUUGUUAUUUUAUUUUAUUUUUAAAAUUGAAUCUUAUUCAAGUAUUGUAAUCUUUUAUUCUUUGGUCAUUGUUAGUGUUUUAUUGUAACUCGAAAAAGGAAAAAAGAGUGCCACUUUUUAUAGGCCAAUGAAAUUUGUAAUAACAGUCUUUUCUGUAAUUUUAUAUGAUGAACAAACACUAUUUUAGACUA